CGGAGCGGCCAUGGAGGAGUUCCGGCGGGGCUACGCGCGGCUGUGCGCGGCGCCGCAGGAGCCGGUGCUGCGGCGGCUGCGGGAGCUCGGCGGGGCGCGGGGCCGCCUGGACCUGGCGGCGCAGGGCCUGUCGCUGGAGACGUGCGGGGCGCUGGCCCGGCUGCUGCCCGGCGCCGCGCCCGUCACCGAGCUGGCGCUGGGCGACUGCGGCCUGAGCGAGGAGGGUGCAAAACUUCUGCUGCAUGGUCUUUGCUCCAACACCACAGUCAAGGCUUUGGAUUUGAAGGGAAAUAACUUGCGAACCGUGGGAGCUGAGGCUUUGGGAAAACUUCUUAGGCAGAACAAAUCCAUCAGGAGCCUGAUCUUGGAAUGGAACAGCCUUGGCGUGUGGGAGGAGGGCUUCUCCUUUUUCUGCCAAGGCCUGGGAGCAAACAGCUCUCUGCAGCGGCUCGAUCUGCGCAAUAACCAGAUCAACCAUCAAGGGGCCGGGGAGCUGGCCAUGGCACUGAAACACAACUCCAGCCUUCAGGAGCUGGAUUUGCGUUGGAAUAAUAUUGGGCUUCUGGGUGGCCGAGCUUUGCUGAACUGCCUGCACAGCAACAAGACCCUGAAGAGGCUGGAGCUGGCUGGGAACAACGUUCCUAGUGACAUCCUGAAAGCAGUGGAACAAGCCAUGGAUCACAACCAGGAACGUGAGACUAUCUUGAGUGAGACCCAGAACCGAACGCACAUACUCAGCAAGGAGGUUUUGAGUCUGAAGGAUGAGAAGACCAGGCAGUUUCUGGAUUUGAUGGACACUAUAGACAAGCAGAGAGAAGAAAUAGCCAGGAGUGGCAGGAUGUCUGCAACACAAGUCAGCCAGCUGCAGGAAGCAUUGGACGAGCAGCACUCUAUUAUGAAUUCACUGAAAGCCAAGCUGCAGAUGACCGAAGCUGCCCUGGCUCUGUCUGAGCAGAAGGUGCACGACCUGGGAGAGCUGCUGAGGGCUACACAACAGGAGCACAGCAGCGCGGCCGAGCGCCACUUCACGGAGCUCCAGCAGCAGGAGCAGGAGGGCGUUGAUCGGGAAAACAAGCUUCUGCGUGACUUGUCUGCUGCCAGUGAGAAAAAUCUGCUCCUAAGAAGCCAGGUAGAUGAGUUGGAGAAGAAGUGCAAAGCCCAGCAGGAUCAGCUGUUCCAGGUGAAACAAGACUUGACCAACACGACAGCAGAGCUGAAGCUGCGGGCGGCGCAGGCUGAGGAACGCCUGGAAGCAGAGAAGAGAAGAUUUAAACAAAGUCUUGAAGACAUGGAGGCCCUUCGGUUAAAAGAGGUGGAUCAUAUGACGCAGCACAUGGAGAGCAGUGAACGCUCCAUGCAGGACAGGAUCCAGCGGCUGGAGACCAUCAGGAUGGCUCUGGAGGAGGAGCUGAGCCGAGUCAGAGCAGCGGCACUCGCGGAGCGCGGCCAGGCGGAGGAGGAGCUGAUCAAAGUCCGGAAUCAGGCGCGGCUGGAGGAGCAGCAACGACUAGAACACCUAGAAGAGAAGCUGCGGCUGGUGACUGAGUCGCGGGAUGAAGCUCAGCACUGCUGCCUUAAGCAGAAACAAAUGGUUGCUGAGGCCCAAGCCAAAGCCAGUCAGUUGAGCCUGCAUGCUGACGGACUCAGGAGGCGGCUUGAGGAACUUCAGCAGGACCUGAACAGUAAAGAAGAGGAGAAAGUGACAGAGGUGAAUAAAGUGAAAGCGGAAUUACAGGAGCAGGUCGGGCACCUGCAGGCUGAACGCGCAGCACAGGAAGGGCUGAGAGAGAAGAUUGCAGCCCUGGAGAGACAGCUGAAAGCCCAAUCAAGUAACCACCGUGAGGCACUGCUGGACAAGGAAGCUGAAAUCUCUGUGCUGCUGGAGAAGCUGAGAAUGAAAGAGGCUGACAUCUCCAGGAUGAGGGAAGAAGAGGCCCAGCGAGCAAGGUUCUUGCAGAACGCCAUCAUGGCGUAUGUGCAGGGCUCCCCCUUAGGAGCCCACAGCUCUAGGAGAUGAGCGCUUGGCUUAAAGAACCCAGGUGCCUGCUGUCAGGAAGAGGGUGAGCAGCUCAGGUACAGCCCCGUCUUUCCGAGCGGGAUAGUUUUGUCAUAGUGGGGUGACACAGAGGCUUGCAAAAAUAAUUGCUCUUGCUCUUCAGAAAUCUUAUUCCCGACCCCAUAAAGGAGAGGAGGAAACAACCAUCCAGGGCUGGGAUAGAGGCUCGUGGGUCUGAGGUCAUGAUGUGGAGCCCCUGCCCUGCGCUGCUACAGCACGUGAAGCGUUUCUGUGUCCUUUUAUACAGCACCAGUUGUUACCAGGGAGCUGUACAUUCCCUGGACUGUGGUCAUUCUGCAGUAUUUGUUUGGAUCUUCACAGUGAAACCUGAUAAAUGAUGGGCAGCAGUGUUUGCAGGUCCCUGUAGGUGGGAGACAUUCACUGUGCUCGUGGGAAACCAAAGCUGCUGAAACACCAGAUCUUACCCACCAGUGCUCACAGGCGGCAGCAGAGUCUGGCAGGGCUCGCGUGGGCUCCUCGGCCUGCCCUCCGCGCUGGUGGCUGUGGCGACGGGCGGGAGGUAGCCGUCCGUUACCUGCGGAAUCGGCUGCGCGGCGGCUGGACAGCUGGGCUUUGGCUGCGGUUUGCAGAGCGGGGGCCGGGGGGGUCAGCGUCUGUGCUUCCUCGCUGUGAACUGCGGCCCCUGGCCGGAGUUCUUGUGGCCAGAACGCAACAGGGUUUCGUUCUGCUGUGACAAAUGGCGAAAGUGUCCUGCUGGCUUGUUGGGAGCCCAGUGCCGGUUUCUGUGUCCGGGAGAGCAGCGGUGCUGCUGGGCAGAGAGCACAGAGGGCAGAAGGAGCUUCCUUUUCCCGGCAGCACACGUCCCCGUGUGGCGUGCAGAAUGGGAAUGGGUGCAAGGGUCUGAAUCGGGGAGAGCUGAGUUCCUGCAGGAGUCUGUGCUGGGGAAAAUGAACUUGUGGUGCAUGUUUUGAGAGGCAACUGGAAAAUGAAACUCUCUGUGCAGA